GGCACAAGAUGCCAGCCCUCAGCCUGAUCACCCUGCUCAGCCUGGUGUCCACUGUUUUCACCAGGCAGUGGGAGGUGCACCCUCCCCAGCAGCAGGGCAGGCACUGGGCGCAGAUAUGCAGCGGGAACCCUUUCAAUAAGAUCCGGGGCUGCGACAGAUACGGCUGCGGCAAUUACGGAGCCAGCAGACAGGGUAAAGGAGAAAAGCACAAGGGCGUGGAUGUCAUCUGCACUGAUGGAUCAACAGUGUAUGCUCCCUUCAGUGGCCAGCUCUCCGGACCCAUUCGAUUCUUUCAUAACGGAAAUGCCAUUGAUGAUGGAGUCCAAAUCUCUGGGUCAGGUUACUGUGUAAAACUAGUCUGCAUUCAUCCCAUCAGAUACCACGGCCAAAUCCAGAAAGGGCAACAACUUGGAAGAAUGCUGCCAAUGCAGAAAGUGUUUCCUGGCAUUGUCUCUCACAUUCACGUCGAGAACUGUGACCAAUCUGAUCCUACUAAUCUCCUCAGACCUGAUGUUUUACCACCCCGCCCACCAUUCCCACAACACGAUACUCACUGGGCAACAGUAUGUUCUGGGAAUCCUACGAACGAGAUAAGAGGCUGCGAUAAAUACGGCUGUGGAUAUUUUGGAGCUCCGAGACGCAAUGGCAAAGGAGAGAAGCACAAGGGUGUGGAUGUCAUCUGUGCUGAUGGUGCAACAGUGUACGCUCCCUUUUCUGGAGAGCUGUCUGGACCCAUUAAAUUCUUUCAUAAUGGAAACGCCAUUGAUGAUGGAGUCCAAAUCAGGGGAUCAGGCUUCUGCGUAAAACUGCUGUGCAUCCAUCCCAUCAGAUACAGUGGUAGGAUUUCUAAGGGACAAGCUCUUGGCAGAAUGUUGCCAAUGCAAAGAGUAUUUCCUGGGAUCACAUCUCAUAUUCAUGUUGAGAACUGCGAUCGCUCAGAUCCUACUAGCAAUCUUGAAAGGGGGAAAAGGAGAAGAAAGUGAAACAGAAGUGUAAUAAGUUCUGAAUAAAUACAUCUCAG